GCCAGAGAAACCGGAAACGUCAACCGAGUGACUGCGAAGUAGACUACGUUAUAUCUUCACUUUAUAACAUGAUGGAUUGCUGAUUUAAAGGAGGAAGCAGUCUUAUAACGUCGUCAAAGAGCAAACUGCGAAUAUGACAAAUGUGUACUCUUUCGAUGGCAUCCUGGUGUUUGGGCUGCUGUUCAUCUGCACUUGUGCAUACCUAAAAAAGGUGCCUCGCCUCAACAGUUGGCUGCUGUCAGAGAAGAAAGGGGUGUGGGGGGUCUUCUACAAAGCUGCAGUAAUUGGGACGCGGCUCCACAUUGCUGUGGCGAUUUCCUGUCUGGCCAUGGCCUUCUACAUUGUCUUCUUGAAAUGAUAGAGUCAGACUGGACUGGAAAGGACUGGACAGGUGCAGGAUGGGGAUGGACUCAUCUCUGUGGUCACGUGCUAAUCCUUGUUGCGGGACACUUCUAGGAUUAAGUGACCAAUGAAACCCCAUUGCCCCGUGGACCCAUGUGAAAAAUAUAGAUGGGUGUGCCACCUUCUGAUGACUGGGUACAUACCUCCUCCUUGAAUAAUGUGUGUGCACUACAGACCUGAAGGACAUCCUGAAUCAACUCCACGGUUAAUUACAGAAGAGAGAGCCUGUUUGGUCACAUGGUAUCGUCCUGUUGUUGGAUAACGUUGUUGUUGUCUCCAUCCACACCCCAUAAUUAUUUAUAUUGAAGGAUGCAGGAUCAAAUGGCAGUGUGUGCAUUAUACCUUAUACCUGUACACAACCUGAAUUUAGCCUAGCUGUAUAUAUUUAGAAAAAAUAUGACCAGUAGAGAUUUUGCCAGAGGUAAUGAUCAAUUCCGCUUGUUCCCAGCUAUGCUGUUUUUGUUCUGUAUCACUUCUUCUGUCAAGGGUGGAGGGGAAGAUAAACAAAGAUAAUAUAUAAAGAUGUUCUUGUAUACACUAUAUUUGACUUUUUUUGGAUAUCUUAACUUUUCUUAACAGUGCUAUUUGGCAUCUCCUACUUUCUCUGUUUGAAAUACACAUUUUACACUGGUGUAUGUUGUAUUUACGUUGACAUCUUAUACUAGAUAACAUGUUUUGAAUGUUAUAAAUAGUUACAACAUGGACUUUAAGUCUUUUAGGAUUCAAAGUUCUGUCACAGUUGUAGAGUGUCGCAGAGACAAUAGUAACUAAAAAGGCAUAUCUCAACAUGUGAAAAUUGGAUAGCUAUAUUAGACUUGCCUGAAGAUUUAAAUGCAGUGCUAAAUAGGGACGGUGCUUCUCAUGCCACCAACUGCAUACUGUUACUCUGAGUUUAAUUUUGCCACCUUAUUUUUUAUUACUGAAAGAAUAAAUUGUUUUGGGAGGGGAUGCAAUGCAAUUUUGAGUAAAACCUUGAUCUGA